CACUGCUCACUCAUCUCUCUCACUCCACAACCCCAAACAUGGCUGCUGCUUCUUCCAACCAUUUCCUUCUCUCCUUUCCCCUCUUCCUUUCCUUUCUGUUCACUUCCACCCUCGCUCGUCUCUCUCCCCAAACAACCACGACUACACUCGAUGUCUCUUCCUCUCUUUCACAAGCUCAACAUAUACUUUCCUUCGACCCACAAUCUUUGAAAGCUUUCGCUCAGACCCAAACCCAACCCCUUUUCUUCAACUCUUCUACUUCUGCUGCUGUUUUCUCUGUUCCACUUCACUCUAGGGGCUCCGUACACAAAACCCACCACACCGACUACAAAGCCCUUGUCCUAUCCCGACUAGAGCGUGACUCCGCCCGUGUCGACUCUCUCUCUACCAAACUCCUACUCGCUCUCAAUGGAGUCAAGAAAUCCCAGCUCCGCCCACUCCCUACCCAGAUCCAAGCUGAGGCACUUUCUACCCCCAUUAUUUCCGGAACAAGCCAAGGGAGUGGAGAGUACUUUUCCCGGGUCGGAGUCGGUAAACCGGCUAAACAAUUCUACAUGGUUCUUGAUACUGGAAGUGAUAUCAACUGGAUUCAGUGUGAGCCCUGUAACGAAUGUUACCAACAAUCCGACCCCAUAUUUAACCCAUCCGGGUCCUCCACUUACAGCCCGGUUACUUGCGAAUCAAAACAGUGCUCUUCUCUUGAAGUUUCCGCUUGCCGUAGCGGGAAAUGCCUAUACCAAGUCUCGUACGGUGAUGGAUCUUACACGGUGGGUGAUUUCGUUACCGAGACAGUGUCGUUUGGAAACUCCGGUAACAUGAAUGGAGUGGCUUUGGGUUGUGGCCAUGAUAAUGAAGGCUUGUUUGUUGGAGCGGCGGGGUUGCUUGGACUCGGGGGUGGACCCUUGUCUUUAACAUCCCAGAUUAAAGCGACAUCGUUCUCUUACUGCUUAGUGGAUCGUGAUUCGACCGGCUCGUCGACUUUGGACUUCAACUCGGGUGUACCGGCCGACUCGGUGAUCGCUCCAUUAAUGAAGAGCCGGAAGGUGAAUACGUUUUAUUACAUCGGUCUCACCGGGUUCAGCGUAGGUGGGCAAGCGGUAAACAUUUCCCCGGGGCUUUUUGAAAUCAACGAGUCAGGAGAGGGAGGAGUGAUCAUAGACUGCGGGACUGCCAUCACUCGGCUGCAAACUCAGGCAUAUAACGCGCUGCGAGACGCGUUUGUGAAACAGACACAGGGGUUGCCGAGCGCGAGUGGGGUGGCGUUGUUCGACACGUGUUACGACUUGUCGUCGAAGAGCAGCGUGAAGGUGCCAACGGUGUCGUUCCAUUUCGGGGAAGGGAAAUCACUUGAUUUACCGGCUAAAAAUUAUUUAAUCCCCGUGGACUCCUCGGGAACGUUUUGCUUCGCUUUUGCUCCUACGUCGUCGUCUAUGUCUAUUAUUGGGAACGUGCAACAACAAGGGACACGUGUUAGCUUCGACCUUGCUAAUAAUAGGGUUGGCUUAUCUUCUCAUAAAUGUUAACGACGCUAAUUAAUUUAAUAAUUACCCUUUUUCUUAUCUCUGGUAACAAAUGAGGGUAUUGCUGCUGUAAUAUGAGUACUGCUUUUUUCUGUUUGAAAAGGACGGGUCCCACUGGAAUAAAUUAUAAAAAAGAAGAAGAAAGUAUUAGGGUUCUGUUAGAAAUUAAAUCUGAUAGUGUGUUUUUACAGUAUUUGUAUAGUAAGUUAUAAUAAUCAAAUUCGUUCCGUGAUUGUCGGCA